GCAAAGCCCGUCGUACAAUGGCGUGACAUCAGAAGAGUUAGCGCUCAAGAUUAGCCUUGCCAGCCACACUCUAGAAUUCUUGACCCAGAGCUAUUUGAGAUGCACGGCAGACCAACAGAUCAAUACAAAUGGAACGGGAUGUGGCAUGCCUACAAUAGAGAACUCGUCAGGGGUUUUCCAGUACAACCCGGCCAAUUCCAGACAGUCUGCGUGGAUGAGAGAUUCCCAACCGACAAAUCAAAGCUCGGCAAACAGAGUGUGGUUUUUUAGAGGAUUUGUGAGAGACAACGCGGUGAUAAUGUUCGACUCAGUAGAGGCCAUGAAGCGCAACCACUCACGUGAGACCAUCAGACUCCCAUACAACUGGGCAGGCACUGGACAUGUUGUAUACAGGGAUUCCGUAUACUUUCAGCGUGCCCUCACGAAGAACAUAGUCAAGUUCGAUUUCAAGAACAGAACUGCCAUGAUUGAGGCAUCAAUGAGGGACGUAGACGGGGGCAACACGUGUACAUAUCCGUGGCGCGGUUACACUACCACUGACUUUGCCGUGGACGAGUACGGGCUGUGGUUAGUGUACGGGAAUAUAAGUAACAACUGUAACCUGGUCAUCGCCAAGAUCAACCCGGACACUCUCAACGUGGAGAAAUCGUGGGCGACGACCAUUAGCAGUGGAAGCGUGGGAAACACUUUCAUGAAAUGUGGCGUGCUUUACGCCACGAAUUCCUACAGUGAAUUGUCCAAUUACAUCCGCUAUACCUAUGACACCAACACUGGGAAACAAGAGUCGCUUCCACCGAAUGGGAUCCCGUUCAAACCACCUGGUAAAUACAACACCAUGUUAGAUUAUAAUCCACAUGACGGUCUUCUGUAUUAUGCAGAUAUGAUUAAGGGAAAUCUUGCCACUUUUCCAAUUGUCUAAUCAAUGAAACAAGAUUUCGGCUACAAACAAGAAAGCCAAGAAAUAAAAAAAG